AGAAUGUGAUACUUCAUAUUGCAAUACAACAGCAUCUUUCAUUUAUUUUAUUUUUAGGGAAGAGUUUAAAAUAGAGUGAAUAUUUAAUUUUUUAGAGUAAAUUCCACCUUUGGCUUGAAAACACACCGCUCAUUUUAACUACUACUAUGUGCUUAUUCAUUAUCAAUUCAUAUGUUCUAUUUAUUAUUACUUUAAUAUUUCAAAUGCUAUAUUUAAGUCUUUUAGGACAUUCCUCCUAUUUUUAUUUAUAUGUAAUAAUAUAUUUAAUUUUAAGAUCAUGAAAUUACUGAAGUCUAAAAAAAUAGGAGGAAUGUCCUAAAAAGAUUAGAAAAUAAAGUAUUUUUACAUACAAAAUGCGACGACUAAAUCAUUCCGUCAAAAUAGGGAACUGCCCAAAGGAAAAAAAAAAAAAACUAUAUGCGGCUUCGGAUUAAGCCGUUUAAAAUAUACAUCUACGGCUUAAAUUAAAUCAAAGUGGCUCCACAAAUUCACUUUAAACCCGGUCCACUAUCAUCUCUUUCUCUCUCUACCAACGCUCUCUCUGUGUCUCGUUUUCCGCUACUUCAAAGCUUGCUUAACCUGCGCACUUUCAACUGCUUAACCUGCGCACUUUACCUGCCUGAGUAAUGAAGCCGCCAUUUCAGUUCGUAAUAAGGAUAUCAUCAAGAUACAGGAUGUAACAGUGAUCCAACGGUUGUGAAUUCGCUAACAAUGGACGGUCAGAGAAGCCAAGCGAAGCUUACGAGGACUCAUUCUUCACUUCUCCGAUCAUCUCCGAUGCUCCGGUCGUCUAGUUUUAGUGUAUCUUCAAUUAACGAAUUCGUAGAUGAUCAUGAACUGGACAUUGAAGAACAGAAGCCCCACAGAACCGGCGCUACUCUGGUUCGAUCGGUUUCGUCCCGUUUCUGUGCGGGUACGGGCAGGGUAGCUCCUGUUAUAGCGGUUUUCUUGCUCUCUGUAUACGUUCUGUUCUAUUUCUUCAACAGGGCUGACAGAUCCAUAUCGGAGAAUCUGCUUCUAGUACUGAUUUUCUUUGCGAUUUUGCUUUACUUCGCCGGAAAGAACAAGAGUACAAUUCAUCAGGGUUAUAAUGGGUUGAAGAUGACGUGUAAUGUGUAUGGAAGGAAACUUGGUUUAGUGUCUAAUAAGCACGUUAAAGUGCAAUGGUUCAUCGGAGAGAGAAAAUUAGAUGUGAAAGAGAAGAAGGGGAAAGUGAGAGAAGGAGUAGAGGUUUACAGCAACGGGGACGUGUAUGAAGGGGAGUUUCACAAGGGGAGGUGUAAUGGUAGUGGGGUCUACACUUAUUCUAUGAACAGUAGAUAUGAAGGUGACUGGAUUGACGGGAGGUACGAUGGGUAUGGGGUAGAAAGCUGGGCUAGAGGUAGCAAAUAUAGAGGGCAGUAUAGACAAGGACUGAGGCAUGGCUAUGGAGUUUACAAAUUCUUCAAUGGAGAUAUCUAUGGUGGGGAAUGGUGUAAUGGACAGAGUCACGGAAUUGGGGUCCAGAGCUGCUCCGAUGGCAGCUGUUACAUCGGUGAAUUCAAAUGUGGCGUAAAACACGGCCUCGGCUCUUACCAUUUCAGGAAUGGGGAUCGAUACGCAGGAGAAUAUUUCGGUGACAAGAUUCAUGGUUUUGGUGUGUAUCACUUUGCCAAUGGGCAUUGCUAUGAAGGGUCAUGGCAUGAAGGUCGUAAGCAAGGUUACGGAAUGUACAAAUUUAAAAAUGGUGACACAAGGUGUGGUGAAUGGGCCUCUGGCAAUCUCAAUACUCCAUUGCCCCUACUUACUGAUGUCGUCCUUCGAGUUGUUCAGGCUAGUAGAAAGGCAGCAGAGAAUGCAAUUAACAUACGUAGGGUCGAUGAUCAAGUGAACAGGGUAGUGAUAGCAGCAAACAGAGCUGCCACUGCAGCUCGAGUUGCUGCUAUCAAAGCUGUUCAAAACAGGAUACAUGGAAAAUUUUGUGACACUAACAAUUGAAGUUUGAUCAAAUGUAAAUUUAGUACUACUACUUGUAUGCAAAGUAUUGAAUGAAUAUUCCAAAGCCACCCUGGCUGGCAAAAUGCCUGUUGGAGGUUGAGUUUAAUGCUGUAACUUUUAGUUGACAAACAAUUAUAACUUGUAUAUACACUCUUUCAAUCAAAUCAUACAUGUGUAUUGCGUUUAUUGAU